AUGUCGGAUAACAUCAAAGUAGCUCUACGACUCCGUAGACCUUUGGGUUUAGAGUCAGUUGAUUCUGUGAUAGCCCGUGUUGGCACGGAAGAAAAGGGCAAUACCAUUGAUAUAAGGCAUAGCAAGAAAGUUGAGGUCAAAAGCUUUCAAUUUGAUCAUUGCUCUACUUACUCAGAAGACGUUGGAAGGGACCAGAAAGAAAUCUACGAGCAGCUUGCAAGAGAGUAUCUUUUGCAUGCAUUAGAUGGCUACAACACUUGCAUCUUUGCCUAUGGUCAGACUGGUUCAGGCAAGUCACAUACGAUGAGUGGAUCAGCUGAGUAUCCUGGAAUAAUUCCGAGAUUAUGUCAAGAACUCUUUGCAGUUAGGGAGCUUUAUCAAGCGUCAGAUGGCCAGACUAGCACUCACUUCAGGAUACGUUGCUCAUACGUUGAAAUAUAUAAGGAAACGGUGCAAGACUUGCUGGGCAAAGGUAAAUGCAGAGUGCGAGAAAAAGCUGAUAGGACUACAUAUGUAGAGGGUCUGCAGGACUUUGAGGUUUUCACAGAGCAGGAGCUUUCGCACUAUUUUAAUCUAGGUAAUAUGCGAAGAGUCAUCGGUGCUACGCAAGUUAAUGAACAGUCUAGUCGGAGCCAUGCCAUCUUCAGUAUUGAUAUUGAACAGCAAGAGACCAGCCCCCUAGGCCAUACCUCCAAGCGAAAAUCAAGUAUCAAGCUUAUCGAUCUAGCCGGGAGCGAACGAGUUCAGGCGUCUAAAACUACCGGUGAGCACUUGAAGGAAGGCGCUAAUAUCAACCGCUCAUUGAGUGCACUCGGUAGAGUAAUUUCCAUGCUCUCGAAAGUCAAAAAGCCAAUUUCAAUCCCCUACAGAGAUUCUGUGCUAACUUGGGUUUUAAAAGAAAGUCUGGGAGGAAAUAGCAAGACUUGCAUGAUUGCGUGUGUGUCUCCGUGUGACUAUGAAGAAACUAUGUCCACGAUAAGGUAUGCAACACUGGCCAGAAACGUUAGGAAUUCUGCAAUGCUAAAUUCACAUGAAAUUUCAAAUGGUAAGGAGCAAGUACAGGCUAUGAGAUCCCAACUAGAAGAACUGCAGAAAACACUGUCUCGAGUUGAGAAUCAAAGGGAAGUUGAGGACCAAAUGGAGAAAAUCAAAUUGACGAAUCAGUUUCUCGAAGCCAGAAUUGACGAGGAGCAAAAGUUAGCAGCCAAUUACUAUCACGAGUGGGUAGAAAUGUCAGCUCAGCGAGAUGGUCUCAUGCAAUUGCUGGGCGGAAUUGUGCGAAGCACUCAAGAUGUCCAAUACAGUCAAUUACGCACACUGUUGAAACAGCUGAAGGAUCAUUCCUGGGAGGUCGGUCAAAAAAUUGAACUUUAUCAUUCGGAAGCAACGGAGUGCAUUAAGAGAAGUCAGGAGUAG